GCACUAUAUACGAUCGUGAUCUUUUGCGCUCAAGCCUCUCAUCAAGACGUACCACGCCCGGAGCUCUCGCUCUCGUUUCGCCUUUGGGCGAUAUCGUAUCAUUGCAAGCCGUCGCCUUGUCCCAGCUUUCGCCCGCAGCGGGAUCGCGCACCCCUACUCCACACCCACACGCAGGAUGGGCAGACUUUCUGUUCUUCCGGCGUCGUUCGAGGCCAUCGAGACCUGGGUUGCGCGCGCAUUCCUUCUAUUUGCGAUCUUGACCUUGGGGCCGUGGUUGCUCGUCUUCGCUUACGACUUCCUGCUCUACUUCAUUCGAUAUGCUCUCUGGGAGCUGCCUGUGAUCGGCGGCAAAGCUCGUGGCCACCGCAAACCGGAGCCGGCCAAGCUCGUUGAACACGCGACCGGGCACAAGAAGGUACCCAGCUUUGCAAGAUCUGCUGGCGACGAUGCAUCCGCCACGAAAACAGGGGCACAGGUUGGUGCCGCGCAGGACUCAAGGGCCAGAAACUCAACGACUACCACAUGACUGUGCAUCAGGCCUCAAAUUCCGUUUCAUGGAUGGAGGAGUUGGGUUCUGUGGCCACACAUCGGCCUUGCAAUAAUCUUGUUGAAGCCUGUAUCGUAAAGCCACGUUGAUUCCUUUCAAUCUUUCGUGAAAGGAAGUGCAUGACGUUGAAUUCUCCGCCGCCUCAAUUUACAUAUUUCAUAUUCCAAUGCUUGAAC